AUGGGAGUCCCCGGCUUCUUCAAAUGGCUGGCGCAGCGCUACCCGCUCAUAUGCGAGACUUAUAGGGGAUCUGCUGCCGAGAAGGAUGAUGCGUUCAAGCUCCUCAGGUCGUUUGAGGCCGACGACAGCGAUCGCGCCCAAAACGUCCCCGAAGGCUUUGACAACCUCUACAUCGACGUCAACGGCAUCAUCCACAACUGCUCCCACAGCGUAGAGGAACUAUGCCAGGGCAUCCGUUGCGAGGAAGACAUCUUCGUGCUGAUCUUCCAGUACAUCAACAGCCUGGUGAAGAUCGUACGUCCCCGGAAGCUGCUCUACCUGGCCGUUGAUGGUGUCGCUCCCCGAGCGAAGAUCAUGCAACAGCGUGAACGCCGCUUCAGGAGCGCCAGAGACAGCAAGCACAAUGACGUCGUCUUCAAGGCAGUGCAAGAGGAGCUUGGCUGCGACGAUGCACAGCCGAAGGCCACCGAGGGUGGCGAGGCCUUUAAAUUUGACCCAAUUCAAAUCACACCGGGCACCCCUUUCAUGGAAAGACUCUCCGUCAGGUUGCAAUUCUUCGCGAAUAUGAUGAUUAACGACCACAAAGCAUGGAAGGACAUUAAGAUCGUUGUCAGCGGAUCCGAUGUGCCGGGAGAGGGUGAACACAAAAUCGCGGAAUACAUUAGAAACAACAAAGCUCAGCGCCACAAUGAAGCCAGCGCUGGAGGUAAAGCCCACUACGUAUCGCACUGCAUAUACGGGCUCGACGCAGAUCUCAUACUGUUGUCGCUUGCCACGCAUGAGCCGUACAUCUGCCUCAUUCGCGAACAAAUAUACUUCACCAACCGGCAGACAAGCUCCCGCAUGAUGAUGAACAUGAACGAUUAUAUUUUCUUGCACAUCGGCAUCCUGCGGGAGUAUAUUCUCAACGACCUGAUCCAGCCGGCGGAGCUGCGGCGGUCACCACAAUCCAUCGACCGCGUGGUGGACGACUUCGUGCUGAUGAGUAUGUUCGUUGGCAACGAUUUCCUGCCUCAUGGAAAGUUCUCUAAAAUCGCAGAUGGGGGAUUCAACCACUUCAUCAACUACUACAUACGCUAUGUAGAGAGGCGCUUCAGUGCGGCGCCGAGGUUGGAUUUUUGGCUGGUUACCGGUUGCGGAGAGAUCAACUACGAGAACCUCAAAAUGUUCCUCGGAAACCUUGUCAAGCAUGAGGCAUCAUGCAUCAACUCAGAGCUCGGUGGUCGUCCCGAUGAUGGCAACAAGUCAAAAGGCAGGUCGUCACACAAAAGCGUCAACGGCGAGAUGACAGUCAUCGAUGUUGAGAACUGCCGCAUCGCAACCGACACUACGGAAUUCAUGGCAAAGUACGGAAAAAAGCCCAAAUUGGCUGCGGAGUGGAAGGCGCGCUACUACUUUGCCAAAAUGGGCAUAGCCAGCGACGUCAUUCUGCUCCCCAACGGGUCAGACAACCGCAACCCAGCUGGGCCGCCCCUGACGAUAGGGGAGGUGGUGCAUGAUUAUUUGGAGGGCAUUCAGUGGGUCAUGUAUUACUAUUACAGGGGAGUGCCCUCGUGGUCAUGGUACUUGCGAUGCAAGUACGCGCCUCUGCUUACGGACGUGCAGAAGUUUCUCAAGACGGAUGUCAUAAAGGCUAAGGGAAUGAGCAGGGGUGCGAUGGCCAUGGGUGGUCCGGUCACUCUUUCCACUGCGAUGAGCAUUAAAUUUGCUUUGGAAGAACCAUGUACCCCCUAUGAGCAGCUGAUGAUGAUAUUGCCACCGGACUCCUCCUACCUUCUGCCGAGUAUAUUCGCCAACCUCAUCACGAAUAAAGAGUCACCGCUGCACAAGUACUAUCCGGAGAAGUUCGAUAUUGACAUGGAUGACACUAAUGUGCCCUGGGGAGGAGUAACGCUCCUACCAGUGGUUCCGUUUUUGGAGCUCCGGGUCCUCAUGAAUUAUGCGCUGCUCGGGGAUGAAGUUGAUAACAUCGACAUACGUGUAGGAUUACCGCGAAAACUGUACUAUAUGGAGUCACGCAGGCUUACGGAGGACGAAAAAUGCAGGAACAAUGUCGGUAUCGCAAGGAUCUAUUUCUGCAACCCGGAGUCUCGGGGGACAAUUGUGAACUCACCGAUGACUGUCUUCGGAAAUAUUAUAGGCUGCAAGGUUGAGUAUGAGCCAUUCUUUAAUCCGGCGCUGAAAAAGGGGCAGACGUUCCCAACCCAGCUUAUGAUGUCUAGCAAAUAUGCCGAAGAUGCUCAAACGGAUAGGCACCUUGGGGACAACAUAUGGUUUCCUUCUCUGUCAACAUUACCGUUCACGCCUUUCACACGGUCUGGCGUCAAUGUUUUCCAAAUUAGGUCGCAUCUUCCUAGUAUCUAUUUGUGGAUUCGUCAACCGUUUCAUCACAACGCCGUCCGUAACCUGAUUACCGCAGCUAAGGCGAAAUAUGUCACCGUUGGAUACCCAUAUCAGCACAUCGGGCGAUUGGAGGCUAUAUGGACCCCGUACGUGACUAUCAGAGAUGGGCACCUACAUAUGGGCAAGCCACAAGAACUCGUGGCGCUGCUGACUACCAUCAGGCAGAACCUAGCCAAACGCGGAGUUAUUGUGAGCCACAAGUCUCCGGAACCUAGCAUAGACGACACAGAUUAUCACAAUUAUGUGAAAAUGAGCCGGAAGCUGCUCUAUAAACUCUUCGACGGUUUACCGGGAUGUGGGCUCUCGAACGAUAUGCAAUCUGUACGCAGUGCACGGUCACUGAAAUUGGACCUGCUAUGCGAGAAUGUAGUUGUGGAAUACCGGGUGGUGGAUAUCAAUCUUCAGGACACUGAACGCACAGAAUAUUCCCUGCUCGCAUUUGUGCGUUUUAUCGAACAUGUAAGCGAGGGAGUACCGCAGAUGGAGCGUGCGGUUGUACGCGACAAAUCAUCGUCGUCAUCGCAGGUCGAAUUAUCGAACAACCUCAACGAAAUGAUAGCGCUGAAAAAUGCGAUUGUCCAGCACGAGAUGCUGUAUGGGAAGUACUCCAAACCGCUAAUAAAGGCCGUAUGCAUCAUGAAAGGAUCGCUGUACGGCUGUGUUGGCACCAUCGAAAGGGUUGGCAACAGUUUCGACAAUAUCUCAGCCAUUUUCUCAAUUCCUGACUACAGAGUCACUAUCGCAGAAAACGCCCUGCAGAUGUAUCAGCGGCACCAAAAAAUAACACACAUCCUAGAAGCAAGAGAAGAAAUAAGGUGGCACAGCUUCGACGAAAUUUGUCGCAUGGCCAAGCUUUGUACAACAACCGCAUCUGCAAUCUUCCAUCUAUUGGCGUGCGGCAAACACGCCAGCGAUAUAGGGAUGCAUUUGGCACUAUGGAGCGACGAAAAGUCAUGCGUCAUGUGUCUGCCGGGUUACACGCGCUGCAGUGACACAUUGCUCACGGCGGAACGGAUGUCAAACCCUGAUUCGUUGCUCAGGGGAGUAGAAUACUCCAGCAGAGUAGUUGCUCUCGUCGAGGACUACCGAGCGAAUUUCCCCGAACUUUUCCACCACUUGGGUAAAAACGCUGGGAAACAAAACAACGCAGCAAAAGGCGAGUAUCGACAUAACGUCAACCUGGAUGCGGUAUUCGUUGGUUCGCCUGAGCUUGUGGAGUAUAGGAAGGGUCAGCUGGCGCAGUAUGUCUCUUCGCAGGUCUUCCGCAGACUCAAGCUGACUAUAGGUAACUACUGCUGUUUAUCUCCAUCUGACAUUGAGAGUGUAACGAACGUUUACGACGAAACUCCGGAUUCGGAAGACGACGUAAACUGCAAGCUUGUACGUGUGUCGCACAUUAGGAACCUUCACAUACCGUCGUACAACACCGGAACGGUAUUUGCGCAUGAAGAUUCAAUCAGGUUGGGACAGUGCGUUGUGUACAUCAACCAUAACGAAGUCAUCCCGCUUGGAGCUCGGGGCACGGUGGUUGGCAUAUACCCACAAAACUCGAGCGGUAGUGGUCGCCUAUUCGAGGUGCUACUGGAGCGCACAUUUGUAGGCGCUACCGAUCUCUUCGGUAGAUGUGGGAUGAUGCGAGGCAUCAUCGCAUCUGUUGCCGAUAUAUUGCCCCUAUACGACCAAGCAACCCCCGACCAAGGCUACUGGUCAAUGUCAAACCAAUCUAACGACCGGGAAAAUGCCCAUUUCAUUAGCUAUGUAUAA